CCCAGAAUGGCUCAAAAGGAAAAACUGCAGUGCCUGAAGGACUUCCACAAGGACACUCUGAAGCCGUCUCCCGGCAAGAGUCCCGGAACCCGACCCGAAGACGAGGCCGAGGGCAAGCACCCCCAGCGAGAGAAGUGGGCCAGCAAGCUGGACUUUGUCCUGUCUGUCGCCGGCGGAUUCGUUGGUUUAGGGAACGUCUGGCGCUUCCCGUACCUCUGCUACAAAAAUGGCGGAGGUGCUUUCCUCAUCCCCUACUUCAUCUUCCUGUUUGGCGGAGGCCUCCCGGUUUUCUUCCUGGAGGUGGCACUGGGUCAGUUCACCUCUGAGGGUGGCAUCACCUGCUGGGGAAAGUUGUGCCCCAUCUUUACCGGAAUCGGUUAUGCCUCCAUCAUCAUCGUUUCCCUGCUGAACAUCUACUACAUCGUCAUCCUGGCCUGGGGAGUCUACUACCUAUUUCAGUGUUUCCAGCCCGAACUCCCGUGGGCCAAGUGUAACCAGCCCUGGAACACGGAACGCUGCAUCGAGGACACCUACCGCAAGAACAAAAGCCUCUGGCUGCCUUCCAACUUCUCCAACUUUACUUCCCCUGUCACAGAGUUCUGGGAGCACAAAGUGUUGGGCAUCAGCAGCGGCAUUGAAGACAUGGGCCCAGUCAAGUGGGACCUGGCUCUCUGUCUCUUGCUGGUCUGGGUCAUCUGCUUCUUCUGCAUCUGGAAGGGUGUUAAGUCCACCGGGAAGGUUGUGUACAUCACGGCCACGUUCCCGUUCGUCAUGCUCAUCGUUCUGCUGAUUCGUGGCGUCACUUUGCCCGGUGCCUCCGAGGGUAUCAAGUUCUACUUGUACCCUGAUCUCGCCCGCCUCAAGGACCCAGAGGUGUGGAUUGACGCCGGCACCCAGAUCUUCUUCUCCUAUGCCAUCUGUUUGGGCGCCAUGACAUCCCUGGGCAGUUACAACAAGUACAAAUACAACUGCUACAGGGACUGUUUGCUGCUGGGAGCCCUCAACAGUGGCACCAGUUUUGUGUCCGGCUUCGCAAUAUUUUCCGUCCUGGGCUUUAUGGCGCAAGAGCAAGGGGUGAACAUUGCGGAUGUGGCAGAGUCAGGUCCCGGCUUGGCCUUCAUUGCCUACCCCAAAGCCGUAACCAUGAUGCCUUUCCCCACACUCUGGGCCAUCCUCUUCUUCAUCAUGCUCCUGCUGCUUGGCCUCGACAGUCAGUUUGUGGAGGUGGAAGGGCAGAUCACAUCACUGGUGGAUCUGUAUCCGUCCUUCCUACGGAAGGGUUACCGCAGAGAGGUCUUCAUCGCUAUCAUAUGCUGCAUUAGUUACCUGCUGGGACUCACCAUGGUUACCAAGGGUGGCAUGUACGUGUUCCAGCUUUUUGAUUACUAUGCAGCGAGCGGUGUGUGCCUUCUGUGGGUGGCAUUCUUUGAAUGUGUAGCUGUUGCCUGGGUUUAUGGCGUUGAUAACUUCUACGAUGCUGUGGAGGACAUGAUCGGCUACAGACCAAACCCUUGGAUGAAAUGGAGCUGGUCUGUCAUCACUCCCGUCUUGUGCGUGAGCUGCUUUAUUUUCUCUCUGGUCAAAUACAAGCCGCUGACGUACAACAAAGUGUAUGAGUACCCUGACUGGGCCAUCGGAGUGGGUUGGACUCUGGCUUUGGCCUCCAUGAUCUGUAUCCCAAUGGUGGUGGUCAUCAAGAUCAUACGAUCCGACGGGCCUCUUAUCGAGAGGAUCAAGGCGGUGGCCGCCCCAGUCCGCGGCGGCGCCAGCUCCCGUCCGGCCGACCACCGCGGCCCACGGGAGCAGGCCUACCCCGUGGAUCCCAACGGGAACAAGGGAUUGCUGAUGAAGGGCCCUAGCCACACCAUCGUAGAAACCAUGAUGUAA